CUGUAUACAUAUAUAAUGUAUAAACUGAUUCUUUUUGCUCAGUUAUCAGGUUUAUUUUGGCUAGACAUGUAAGCCGGAUCCUUGAACACAUUAUAAUUAAUGCGAAAUAAUGAAGAGAGUUAUUUUCGAUGUAUUUCAUCAAUUCACAGUAACGCGUAAAGUAUAAGUCGUGAUGUACGAAAAAAACUGAUUUCGUAAUCUGUAAAAAGGAAUUUCCGCUUCUGACGUCAUAAUAGGAUAAGACUUCCUUGAGAGAUUUCUAGAGAUAUUUUUUUUCAGUUCGAUUUUUGUGUGUGGCAAAAUUUUCAUAUAUGAAGUAUAUCUCGUAUCACUACGUGCGCGUUCCUGAAGUUAGAAUAAUAUAUUUGUUGAUUUUCCUGUGCGUAUAUUUUCAUAUGUGUGUUCAUAUUGCGCGUUUUUUUGUUAUCUGUACAAAGUUUUCGACGAAUCAAACUUUUAACCGUUACGAAGAAGUAAACGAUAUUCGUUAGUCGAGUGUUUACAUAUCAUCUUCCGCUUUUGCAGAUAACGAACGAUAGCAUCAGCGCGCUUGUGUAUCACAUUCAAAAAGAAGAACUGAGAAGAAAGAGUAGUGUAUACUGUGGAGGAAUUGUCUGUAGUCAUUUUCAAUUAUUUUUAUUAUUGUAUGAGUCCGUUUGGUCCUAACUCUCGGAGGAAAAUAAUCCGAGCCCGAGCAAGAAGAACAACUUCUCUACCGUCUGUUUUGUCAGCAUCAAAUAUUGCGGCCGCACAGAAUCGCGAUACUAUCAUGUCAACAUCUUUGGAAAAUUCUCUGGAAGAAGAACGUUAUUAUACUGUCGACAACUUUGGAAAAGGUGUUUUAUCUCCCGGAAAAGGAACGAAUAUAGACGAACAGGAGGAAAGUACAGAGACAGAGACAAAGACGAACGAAAAAGUGGAGAUGCAGGAAGACGAGAAGGAAAAUUUGCAAUGCAAUCCAACGAAAGAGAUGUAUCCAUUGGGUCUCAGAAACUGGCCAAUCUUCAAUCUACUAAAGUUGGAAUUUAUCUCACAAAUUCGUACAGUUAUGGUAUAUGGUGACUGUGGUAACAGGGCUAUAAUUGUGACGAAGGACAAGAAUGUAUACAGCUUAGGUUAUAAUAGAGAUGAUCAUUCGAAGACUGAUCAUUUCAACAGUGACACACAUAUAGGUAUCUAUCCAAAAAAGAUAGAAGAACUAUGUGGAAAAAACAUAAAGACCUUUGCUUGCAGCUCGUAUCUUGUCCUGGCACUUACAGAAGAGGGAGAGGUUUAUUCCUGGAGCUUUAACAAGAAGCACAAAUCAAACGUCACGCCCACACCUACUCGAGUGGCCGGCUUAAGUGAGAAACGUAUCGUGGAUAUCGCAUGUGGAAGUCAUCAUUGUCUCGCUCUGACUAGUGAUGGACAGGUGUAUGCUUGGGGAGAAAAUAAUUUUGGGCAGGUUGGUAAUGAAAGCACAGCUAUCUUCGAUGGCAGUCUGCCGAGACAAGUGAAACAUGAUUUAGAAGGAAAGACAGUUGUCCGCAUUUCCUGUGGCUCAACAUUCAACAUGGUUAUCACUGACGAAGGCAAAUUGUAUGGUUGGGGCAACAACGAGAAUAACCAGAUUUCAAUCGAUAAUACUUCUACUACCUCAAACAAUUUUUUUCAUGCCCUUAAUCCAUCAUUCUCUAAUUCAACAUCGUCAAAGUUGAUGUUCAACGAUAAAACUACUUCUUUUUCUAUCCCCAACAUUCAAUUUGGUAGCAAUUUCAAGUAUCCAAAUACCUCCCAAUAUACAUUUAUGAAUACAACUGCAGCGCCCUGCUCUACGAAAACAGCAAAUAAUGUUCAGUUAUUAAAACAUUACGUGUGCCCACGCCAAAUUACCACAAUCUCGGACAAAAUAGUUAAUGUGGCCUGCGGUGACGAGCACACGUUGGCGCUCACGGAUAAAGGAAAUGUCUACGCCUGGGGCAAGAAUAAUAACGGACAAAUAGGCGUUAAUAUACUGAAAUUCGAGAGUCCGAAUAUUAUGGUGAACGUGGCCGAGAUGGGAGAGGUGUCGGACAUCGCUGCCUAUGGUAACUUGAGCGUUGCCGUCGGCAGUAAUAAAACUAUCUAUGUAUGGGGCGACUGCUUUGGUCAGGAUAUUACCACUCCGUUUCCCACAAAGUUCUCCAAGAUUGAUGAUGCGUUUGCAUAUAGUAAGUUGAGAGUCAUGCACAAGCCAUUAACUAUAUCUAUGUACGAUUACGAAUACGUCGUAGAAGGAUUGAAUGUAUUGGAAUCCAUAGCAGCAGCAUUCGACGAUCCGUCAACAACGGAUUGUAUUCUACAAGUCGAAGGACAACCUAUCCAUGUUCACAAGGCUAUUCUUAAGAUUCGUUGUCAGCAUUUUAAAAAAAAGUUUCAAGAAAAAGGGACUGAAAAUGAUGAAAGUACACUAGAUUCAUCACCAGUAUACACCAUAUCAGAUAAAUUUUCCUACAUCGUCUACAAGGCCUUCUUGAAAUAUUUAUAUACCGGCAAAGUCGAUUUACCUUCGAAGAACGCAUUAGAGCUUAUGAAAUUGGCUGACGAGUACUGCGAGACCAAUCUUAAGGGAGAUUGCCGUGAGAUAAUAAAGCAAGAAAUCAAGGAGUCAAAUAUAGCUUCCUACUACAAUGAGGUUAUGGAAUGCAAUGAUAAGGAACUCGAGGAGUACUGCUUCCAGUUUAUUCUGCAUAACCUGACAGCUGUAAUAUUAUCGACAGAUUUUCAUAAGUUAAAUACGAGUAUAAAGGAUAAGGUUAUGCGCAUGGCAGCCGAAAAAGAUCUUUUUAAAACGUAACUCUUUUAAAGGAACAGUUUCGACAUAAGUUUCGAGUGAAAUCGCCGAUUGUUUUUUUUUAUUUUUUUUAUUUCUGUAUGUGUGUGUCAUACGCGUCCAAUAAUAAAGUAAACCUUCAUGUUCCGGUUAUCAUUUCAUAGUUUAACAUUACAUGUAAUUUAGCUUAUGUAAUUUUAUUUAUCAGGAUAUUUUAUUUUUUUAUCGAGACAAUGUUAUUUAUCUGAAUAUUUGCGGAAUUCAUUCAAUUCCUCUUAAAUAAUAAAUUUGAUGUUAUUCA